AUGCCUGUCGCGCCGUCCCUCAGCCCGUUCGUCCUCCGGCGGCCCUGGCUUAAGCAGCUGCUGACCCCUCUUGCCGCGUGGUAUGCCAAUGCCGCCGGCUACCGUCAGAUGGGUCUUAAGGCCGACGACCUGCUCUCCGAAGAGAACGAGGAUGUGCUCAAGGCGAUAAGCCGUCUGGACGCCAAGGAGAACUACGACCGCAUCUACCGCAUCCGCCGCGCGACACAACUCAGCCUGCAGCAAAAGAUCCUGCCCAGGAACGAGUGGACCAAGCCCGAGGAGGACACGCCCUACCUGUCGCCCAUCCUUGAGCAGGUCUACGCCGAGAACCAGGAGAGGGAAGCCCUCAACACCUUGACCGUCCUCAAGAAGCACUAA